AUGAAUACCACAACCGGCUUUGUUAAUCUAAUGUAUAGUCAAUCUUCAGUUGAUCUUGAGUCACCCGAACCAGCUUGGUUCGGGUCCCAAGGUCCUGAUGAGUUUGUUUUCCACCCUGGUGUCGAGUCUUCUUUCCAACCUGCUGUCCAGUCUGCUGUGCAGCCUACUGUCGAGUCUGCUAACAAAGGGAGGAGGAAAUGGUCUCCUAAUGAGGAUAAAAUCCUCAUUGGUGCUUGGCUUAACACCAGCAAAGACCCCGUUGUCAGCUGUGACCAGAAAGCUGAACGUUUCUGGAAGAGAAUUGUUGACUACUACAACGCAAGCCCUCAACUGGUUGGGACAGUACCUAGAGAGCUUGGUCCAGCGAAGCAGCGGUGGGCUAGGAUUAACGAGCAGGUCUGUAAGUUCGUUGGAUGCUAUGAGGCGGCGUUGAGGGGGCAGAGAAGUGGUCAGAAUGAAGACGAUGUGAUGAAAGCUGCCCUCGACUCAUUCUUCAACAUUUAUGAGCACAAGUUCAGCCUCGAACAUGCGUGGAGGGAGCUGAGGCAUGACCAGAAAUGGUGCACCACCUAUAUGGUUAAAGAUGGUGGGAAGGAGAAGCGCAAACCAGUGGUAGACGUUGAUACAGAAGAUGAUGUUGCCGAACCUGAAAGCAGACCAGUUGGUGUGAAAGCUGCUAAAGCAGCUGGUAAGAGGAAUAAGAGUGGCAAGGAAGAAGAGAUGUCACAGCUUCAGUCCAUCAUGGAAAUGAAAGAAAAGCUCUCUAAACAAAAGAUUCUAGAACGUUUACUUGCCAAAAAAGAUCCUCUCUCCGAGAUGGAAGAAUCUCUUAAACUAAAACUCAUGACUGAGAUGUUAUGA